AUGAGAUAUGAUACCUAUCAAACAAAGGUAUUUCCCGAAGAACCCCAGCAGCAAGAGGUGAUUAAUGAAGAGAUGGACGAGUUGCUAGAGAAGGAAUGCAUUGAGCCUUCAUAUGGUUCACACAGCGCGUCCAAAGUUUUGGUGGAAAAUAAGAAUGGUAAAUGUAGACUCUGCGUCGACUAUUGUCAAUUAAACGCACGGUCCAUACUAGACGCCUACCCGUCGCGACGCAUCCAGCAUAUACCAGAUGGACUUCGGGGCGCCCAUUUUAUCAGCAGCCUGGAUUUGAAGAACGGAAAUUGGCUUAUCCCAAAUAAGGAAAGUAGUAAACAGUACACCCCGUUUAUAGUUGCCGGACUUGGUUUCUCGCGAGUGUCACAAUCAUUGACAUCAAUGCUCAAGAAGAAGAAGAAAUGGAAAUAA